CUGAUACAUCAGUUAUUUUAUUUCCUGGACAAGGAUUGAUUAAAGCAGGAAAAGUAAAAGAAUAUUUAAAAUUUCCAAAAAUCAAACUGAAUUUAACCAACCAGCUACAGUAGUAAUGUCAUUAGCAGCUUUGGAAAAAUUACAUGAUGAGAGACCAAAAGCAAUUGAAUCAUGUGUAGCUGUUGCUGGUUAUAGCAUUGGUGAACUUACUGGAUUAAUUUUUUCUGGAGCCAUGACUUAUGAAGAAGGUUUAAAAUUAGUUGCAGUGAGAGGUGCUGCAAUGCAACAGGCUUCAGAAAUAUCAUCUCAAGGAAUGCUUUUUUGCUACUGUUUACCUUCAUCAAAUGUAUUUCAAAUAUGUAAACAAGCUGAAAAGUGGGCAAUAAAUAUCGGAGCUUCACACCCAGUUUGCAGGAUUGCAAUAUACUUACAUACACAAGGAAAAAUUUUUGGCGGAUGUAAUGAAGCUCUCAAUUAUAUACAAAAACAUAGUGCUGAACUUGGUUUAAGAAGAGUACAAAAACUUCCAGUAUCUGGUGGAUUUCACACUAUUCUAAUGGAACCAGCUUUGAAAGCAUUUACCCAAGCUUUAGACAAAGUACAACUAGAAUUUCCAAAUACCUCUGUUUAUUCAAAUUAUAAUGGAAAUAUAUAUUCUUUCAAUCAAAAACUUAACCGAAAAUAUUUAAUAAAACAAAUAAUUUCACCUGUGAAAUGGGAACAAAUUAUACAGAAAAUAUUUAAUAGACCAAUUGAUUUAGAUUUUCCAAGGACAUUUGAUAUAGCAUCACAUGGAACAAUGAAAACCAUAUUACAAAUGAUAAAUGCUAAAGCUGCUCAGAAAUGUUAUGUUUAUUAAUGUUUUAAUUAAUAAUUAGAGCUUGAAUUUUCUACA